AUGUCAGUUACCAUCCAAUCUGUUCAAGCUGAACAUCAUGAAUCGGGAUUCGCAAUCGCUCAUUCGAAACCAAGACUAUCAUGGAGAUUCGGAUCUUCUGAUACCGAAGGAUGGAAACAGACUUCUUAUGAGAUGCUUAUCAAACGUGAGGAUGCAGACAUUGAAGAAAACUACAAAGUACAAUCAGAGGAUUCAGUUUUGGUACCAUGGCCUUCGACUCCUCUUUCAUCAAGAGAAAUCGUUCAUGUCAAAAUUAGAUCUAAAGGAAAUGAUGAGAAAUACACGAAUUGGUCAGAAAUCACUUUGGAAGCUGCGUUUCUUGAUCGAAAAGAAUGGAAAGCCAAUUUGAUUUCAGGUCCACCUCAACCCAAAGACGAUCCAAAAGAGCCUUUCAGAUUGAGAAAAUCAUUUUCGAUCUCUUCAAAUCCUUCUAAAGCUAGACUCUACGCUACUGCUCAUGGUAUAUAUAAUGUCGAGAUCAACGGACAAAAGAUCGGCGAUCAAGUUUUAGCUCCAGGUUGGACAAGUUAUAAGAAUCAUCUGAAUUAUCAAACUUAUGAUAUCACAACUCAACUCAAACAAGGCGAGAAUACAAUCACCGCUUACAUAGGUGAAGGAUGGUAUGCUGGAAGAUUAGGUAGACCAGGUUCGAGAAAUGUCUGGGGUGAUAGAUUAGGUUUUAUAGGUCAACUCGAGAUUGAUAAUAAAGUCGAAUUGGUUACGGAUGACACUUGGGAAUGUUCAGAUGGUCCAGUGAAAAACUCUGAAAUUUAUAAUGGAGAGAUAUACGAUACCACAUUUGAUGAAUCCAAAGCUAAAAUUACUAGAGUAGAAAUCCUUCCAUUCCCUGAAGCUGAACUGAUUUCAUCAGAUGCACCUCCUGUUAGAAGAGUCAAGGAAGUCCGACCUGUCGAAAUCAUCACUACUCCAAGUGGGAAAACAAUAUUGGAUUUUGGUCAAAACCUAGUGGGCUGGGUUCGAAUCGAAAAAGAUUUAAAAGGAGAUGGUGAACUGUAUAUUAGAACUGCAGAAGUAUUGGAACAUGGUGAAUUAGGUGUAAGACCUCUCAGAACAGCGACACCAAAUGAUAGGAUCAUACUUGGUGGAAAAACUAAAGGAUGGGAACCUAAUUUUACAUUCCACGGUUUCAGGUACGCUGAGAUCAAUGGUGUCAAACCUUCUCUUGAAGACUUCACUGCUAUCGUCAUUUUCUCAGACUUACGACGAACUGGUACUUUCAAAUCUUCACAUGAUAUGAUCAACCGAUUACAUGAGAACGUAGUAUGGGGUAUGAUGUCAAACUUUGUAUCUGUGCCUACCGAUUGCCCGCAACGAGAUGAGCGAUUAGGAUGGACAGGUGAUCUUCAAGUGUUUGCUCCUACUGCUAACUACCUGUUCGAUACUUCUGGCUUCCUUGACGGUUGGUUGAAAGACGUAUACGCCGAGCAAAUCUUUUGGAAAGGUGUUCCACCUACUGUAGUCCCCUUUGUACCUCCAAACAAGUUCAACGAUCCUUGGCCUAAACCUCACGCAGUAUGGGCUGACGUGGUAGCUAUCACGCCUUGGGAUCUAUACACAUCAUCGGGUGAUAAAGGGACUUUGGAGAAACAAUGGGAUAGUAUGAGAUUAUGGCUGGACAAAGGUUUACCUAGAGGUAAAAAUGGUUUAUGGGAUCCACUCGCUCCGCUGUAUGGUGAUUGGUUAGAUCCCAAUGCGCCUCCCCAGUAUCCUGCACACGGUCGUACCGAUACUCAUUUAGUUGGAAAUGCCUAUUUGGUCUAUGUUACAUCUCUAGUAGCGAAAAUCGGUAAAAUCUUGGGAAAAGAUUCUGAAGCAUCGAAAUAUGAAUCUGAUGCAAUGAAAUACAAGAAACUUUUCCAAGAGGAAUACAUAUCUCCUUCAGGUAGAUUAGUAUCAGACACACAAACUGCUUAUGCUCUGGUCCUCAAAUUUGGAUUAUUGGAUGACACCCAAAUUGAACGAGCUGCUGAACGACUGGAAUAUCUAUGUAAAUGGAAUUACUUCAAAGUAUCAACUGGAUUUGCUGGAACACCUAUUCUUCUUCCUGUGUUAGCUGAUAACGGAUUACAACAUAUCGCUUAUAGAAUGUUACAAGAGAGAGACAAUCCUUCAUGGCUUUAUUCAGUCGGUAUGGGUGCUACCACCAUCUGGGAACGAUGGGAUUCUGCACUUCCUGAUGGAUCUAUCAAUCCUGGACAGAUGACAUCAUUUAACCAUUAUGCCCUGGGAGCCGUAGCUCAAUUCAUGCAUUCAAACAUUGGUGGUCUGAGUCCGACUUCGCCAGGAUGGAAAUCUGCUAUUAUCAAACCACAACCUGGAGGUACUAUCACUUCAGCUUCUACUUCUUUCUCUUCACCUUACGGACUCUACUCUGUCGAUUGGAGAAUUGAGAAUGACAAGUUGAAGUUGGAUAUUCAAGUACCACCAAACACGACUGCCAAAGUAGUUCUACUUGGAUUAGAAGAAGACGUUGGAAGUGGUAAGAAGAGUUUUGAAGUCGAUUGGAGAAGUGAUGAGAGAUGGCCUCCAAAAGGUAUCAAAGGUCCUCAGAGUGUAGCUAUACCAGACGAGUUCGUUCCAUAG